UUCUUGGCAGCUGUUGGAUUCGUCGUCUUUGUCUCCAACCAUGCAGGAGACCUACUUCGUUCCAAGCUCAGCCUUGUCUGUCCACCUCGCCCUCCACCUUGGCUGGUUGAAAUAAAGGCAGCCAUAUUGACUUCCAGUCAACUACCAUCAACUUCACUACCUAGACUGGCUGUUUUAUUUUACGUCUUUCAUCUUUUGCACAGUUUCUAAAGUCCUCUCGGUAGCUCAACCGCCUUCCAAAGUCGGCUGUGGUUACUGGUGGAUCAUAGCUUCCCGAUCUGCCAACCGGACCUCCUACCAAGCGCGCACCUCAACCUCAAACAUCCCCACGAUGCCAUCGUUGAAACAAGCACGGAGCAAGAGAGCAACCCCCAUAGCCAUCGUCUCCAACAAAGGGCCCUGGUCGCAAUGGCACGAUCUCAACAACAUUGAAACCAACUCUCCACCCCCGACAGCCUCUGCCACCGCCAUGAGCUUCGCCGACCCCAUAGCUGCGCCCGAGGCGGGCAGCGCCGAGCAAGCGCCCCGAUCAUUGACCUUUUUCGAUCUCCCCUCGGAAACACAGAAUGGGAUAAUCAAGCAGUGUACCGCGCCCGACUUGAUAUCGCUGUCUCUCGUCUCGAAGCACUUUCGCGAUCUGGCGGCGGCGCAGAUCUAUCGAAAUUUCCAUAUCAUAUUCCCGGAUGAGGACGAUGGGACUUACGAGUCGGAUAUGGAUGGGCUGGCGGCUGGGCUGGACACGCUUGUUACGAGCGAGUACGACUAUGCGAGAUACCUGAAGGAGAUUGUCCUCGAGAGCCUGAGUGGAGGUGCGAAGGGAGAAAAAGCCUAUAGGCACUAUACCAAUGAUGUGAGCUGCGGAAAGUUCAUGAAUACGCUGUUUUUGUUGACGCUGCGGAAAGCGAAGGCGUUGGAGACUUUUAAGUGGGAUGUACGCGUUGAAUUGAGUCGGCCGGUCUACAAGUCCUUACAUAGCAUCCCGGCGUUGCAGCACCUAUAUCUUCGUAUGCAUUCGGGACAGUCGCUGUACCAACGACCACCACCAUUGCAGUCACUCAAAUUUGUCCCUGAUGAUACAGUCGGUGAUACUAUCGAAGUUUCGAAAGCCAUUAGGGAGGGUUCCGAAGCACAACCUACGAAGAUGACAAACGCCGAGGCGAAGGCCAUUCUUGCCUCGCGGGCGACCGAACUGAAAACAGAUCACGGUCCGCCUACAAUAUCGGGAUUUAAGAACCUGAAGACUCUAUCUAUCCUCGACAUGGACAGUUUGGAGUAUGUCAAAGAGAUCAAGGCUUGCAUUCAUAACUCAUCUUCAACAUUAAACAAACUGCAGCUGUCGUUUUCAGAGGCCCUGGCAAGGAAGGCGCGGAAACCACCUCCUGCUGACGACACGGGCGACGAAUCGGACCAGGAAAUCGAUGAGUUUGGCAAUAUGAUCCCGCCUCCACCUGCUGUAGCGUCUCCUUCCACAGAUGACGCUUCUGGUCCAGCCAAAGCAUUCCGGGCAGUUGAAGCGAAGCAGGCACAGGAAGCUGUGUUAGCUCAAAUUUUUGGUCUAGAAUCGAAGCCGAAGGAGCUGCCGGGCUCGGAUGCGAGCGAUGAAGAAAAGAAAUCCGGUGCUGGCAUGGACGAAACUGUGAACUCAUUUAUCAAUGAAUUCGCGGUACUGUCGAAGAAGUUGAUGGGUGCUCCAGGCAUGUCUGAUCUCACUGCCGAACAGAAAGAAUUUAUGAAGGCCGUUGAGAAGGGGGCUAAGAAAUACUUGAAGGGCAAAAAGGGGACUCUGGGUGGGAAGUCUGGUAAAGUUGGGUCGGACGAGGAGUCGACUGCUGGAAGCGGAACUGAGAAGGCCACACCGGCGUCGUCCGAUACUAGUGACGCUGGAAAAGCAGACGAGGAAGAUAAAUCCAAGAACACGGAACCCGAACAAAAAUAUGUCGGCAUGUUUGACAAUGAGGGUAAAAAAGAUCCCAAGGCGCACCAAUCUACCACCGACAGCCCUCACCCGGAUGAUAUUGAUGUUUGCGAGCCAGAACCUGAUUCCCAAGAUGCGGAUGAGUCAACUUCAGAACCUGUGGCAGAGGAGACAGCUGGUGAGAUUCUGACCACAGACACUGAAACCAAGGAGUCUAAAGACUCGUCAGCACCGGCUACACUUGAACCUGACGAGAAAGUCCAUCGAGAAAUCCUUGAAAUAGCACUCGCAACGCGAGCGCUUAAAGGAUUCCGGUUUAACAAUCUUGCGAUCGACUCGCUCCAAUACAUGGUGAUAAAGGAGGCUGCCGAAGCACAUAACCGAUCACUGGAGGAGAAGGAUAAUACCAUGAGCGACUACGUCCGUAAAACUCGUGGAUUGACUCUGAAGUCAUUAUCGAUAUAUCUCAUCCCCAUCAAGACGUCUGUGCUGUCAAGGGCUGUUGAUCUCCAUGUCCUGAAGCGCAUCUCACUGCUCAACGUCGGAUCUCAAGCACCCUUCUGGAACUACCUUGCGAAAGAGAACAAAGUUUCCCCUUUGCCUUUGUGCAAGAUCCACACCGACAACGUCACUCUUCCUUUCCUCAAGUUCGUGAAUCAGUUGGAAAACCUGGUGGAGCUAUUCAUCCUGGAGCGCUCCACGAAAAGUUCGGAGUACAGCUUUGCGCCCAAGACUAUGGUUACGAGUGAUAAUAUUCGGCGUUAUGUCAUCAAGAAGCACGCUUCUUCGCUGAAGAGACUGGCUGUCAAGAAUGAAAAUGACUAUACGUGGGAUGCGAAUGUGAAGUUUUUGGAGUUGCUUUGCCGGAAAGGAAAGAACCUGGAAGAGCUUGGUAUUAGCUUUGCAUCUCCUGCUCUGCAUACUUUCAACCAAUAUCUUCCAGGCUUGGUCUCUCUCAGAGCACUCCAUAUAAUAAACUUCCGCAACGAUGACACUUGUCAUUGGGUUAUGCGUGAGAUCCCCAGGUUUAUUGCCGAUGCCUUGUCAAGCCACCCCCGCAUGAAAUUGGAAUACUUGGCUCUAGGUAACACCGUGGGUCGACUCGCAUGGAAGGUCAAACCUGCACCCAAAUCCAAGGAUAAGGGGAAGGGUAAAGCCACCAUGUAUACAGGUAACACAAUCAUAGAGGAGAAGCAGGACGACAGCAACACUGACGAUAGUGAUGAGGAGGAUGACACUGCUCCUGGUCUGAAGCUCGAGACCGUUGACUGCGGCCGGUUCUAUGACGUUCUGGGCGUGCGUAUGUGGAAGAAGGAGGUGCUACUGGGCCGUUUGUGACAACGACAGUUUGGUGGUCAUAGUCCGCCGCCGCCACCGCCUGGCUGGUAAGAUGUGAGACGUGGGGAGUCGUGAGAUGACUGAACUGCCAUGGUUUCCCAACUCAGACAGGCAAAGGAAAGGCAAAGGGGGAGAUUGAUAAUACGAACACAAUUUGGCGCGAGUAUUAGAUGUUUUUAUUUUCUACGACGGAGCAAGAUAGCGAGGAUGAUUAUUAUUGGGACAUCAAAGCACACAUACCCAGGCUGACGUAUCCUUCUUUUGGGCGAAUGGCAAGCGAAUUUGGCGCGAGAGCAUGGACUGGAUUUGCUUUUUUCUUAGGGGAACGGGGGACUGGGCAUUACAUACUAGGUUUAGGACCAAGGUAGAAGAAUUUAUCAAGGGAUUUUCCAG